AUGGGCAAGAAAGUGACAAAACUAUCGGAAAGUUACACACUUGUACCAGGAGUCACUGUUACAAAAAGCAAGGUUCCUGUUCCAGAAGUUUGUGGACUACAAAAACCUGGCUGCAGUCUCAUGAGUAAAGCUGUAGCACAAGAGAAUGAUUCGUGCAAUCACCUUAGCAAGAUAAUAACUGAAGGAAAUUAUGAUACUGCUUGUGGGAGGGCCGAAUUGCACGUAUCUUGGGCAGCAUACCACUCGAGAAGACGAGAACAAGCUGUGACCCGAGUCCAUGGCCCUGCAGCAGUCACUGCUCUUCUUCCUCUCUUCCUGGAUGACUUAAAAUCACUGGCAAUGAUUUGUCAUUCCAUGAAUAUGAUGCUUGUGCUCUGUACAAGCUUCGGCAGGCAUCGUAUGUUGAGUGGCAAACAUGUCAGCCAGAAUGUAACGCCCCAUUAUUUGAUGAAUGGUGCAAACAGAGAGCAGCUCAAAAGGCACAGUUCCAUUUCUGAAAACUUGUGCUCAGCACCGAGUUGGAUGUCCUGGCGUGGGACAGAUCAAUCCAUGAAGGGAACUUCCUUUUGUAUGUGGAGGCUUUGA